CACUAUGGAUUAUGCAUUUACGCUAUAUAGUGCUUUAUUGAUAGCUGGUUGUUUUGCACGUUUGGUUUUAACUACAAAUGUGUGCUCUAUGUGCCAUGGAGAACAAACAAAAAACAUUUCAAAUUGUAAUCACAGCGUCCCUAAGGAUAAUGUUAUUCAGAAUAUGGAUUCGUUACUAUCGGAUAUUGACAAAUUGAUAGAAAAGGAGGAAGAAAAGCUCAACAUGAUAAAAACAAGUGAAUUUUCUAAAGAACACUUGCCUUGUCGAUUAAGGAAACGCAAGAAAAUCCACAAAAAGAUUAGAUUCAUCCAUGAAACCUAUGAAAAUUUAACAUUUGUAUAUCACGUGCUGGAAAGAGUUGGCGAUGUCUUUGACAUUAAUGGACCAAAUAUCUUGAAACGUGUUAAAAAUCUGUUGUGCCUAAUGCAUCAGGAAAAUAAUAGAUUUCAUUGUCCAAAGAAAGCAUUAACUUUCAGUGCUACAACUAGUUGUAAGAAAAACAAAAUUAAGUCUUUCAAAAAAGGACGAUCAAAGUCUGCAAAAAAUUGCUCUGAAUCUAAUAAGUGUAUUGAACGCAGAGCUUUGGUAGGUACUCGUACGACUCUUGAGAUAUUGAAUAAUACUCUUUCGUUUUGGAAGGAUUGUGUUAGAUAUAAGAGGGGCCAUCUCUUUUUGAGGCGAAAGUGUAGACGUAGAAAAAACAAGAAGAAAUGCAAAAGAAAAAGUUAACACUAAAAAAGGAAUUCACAAUCACGAGGAAGAAGACGAAAACCAAAACUUUCAUUAUAUAUAAGGCAUACUGAUUACCGUCAAUUAUCAGUGCUUAUACCUAAAGACAGUUUUGCAUUAUCUGUGAUAUUUGUUUAUCAUAAAAAAGGCAGCAAAUUGUACCAUUAAUUACAAAAUGCAUGAAUUAUAUAAUAUCCGACUCAUUUUAUAAUUAUAUUAUAUAAUACCUAACAGACCCUUAAUCUUUUGUAUUUCUUGAAAUUAUAUUCUUUUUGCUGUUUUAUGCCAUUAGUUAUGUUUUUUAUGUCUAUAACGUAUAGCUUUGUUGUUAAGAAUCGUCUAAGAGCAAAUAUAUACUUUGAAUGAUAAAGCAAUUAUUGUAUCUUAUUGUGUUUAGCACGCAAUCGUCAGUAAAAACAUCUUUUUUUUUAAAGAUUAAGUAUUAUGAAAAUAGUUUAAUCGUUGAAUAAGAUUACUGAAAUUGGUUACUUAUGUAUUUCAUGGGUAAUAAUUAGAGCAUUAACAAAAUAUUUAAACAUAGGACGUUUUAUAGCUCAUCUUGGUAAUUAUAUAUUGUUAAAUAUAUACAUCACAGUACUGGUUUCGAUUGAUGUAAAAUAUGUAAUUUUACAUAUCUCUACUAAUCUUAGUUUAUUACUGUUUAAGAUUUCAAGACUAAAAUCUAAUACA